CAAUAUCCCAUCACCGUCACUAAGUCUUUGGUCGAGUCGUGGAGGGCAGGGGUCAGAUCACUCGGUAAUGCCUAGGGUUCCUUAUUAAGGUACCCGAUGCUAGACUGCGCCGUCGCCAGCCUCCGCCAGCAUUAGCCUACAGCUGACGUACCGUGCGACUCAAAAACGGUUGGAGCCCGCUGGUCUACCGCACCCGCUGCUUCCGUCGCCUGACCCUACUCUUUGCCUUUUCCUCGUGCGCGUUGUCCUACUUGAAUGCUUCUCAUCUCUAAUGUGUAAUGCUGCUUGCUGCGCACUCAUAGCCCUCGGCCCUCCUCUGACGUAGUGCUGCCCAUCGAUAGCCCGCCAUCAUGGCGCUCUGGUCCACCGCGAAGACGCAGUCCAAGCAAGGUUUUGACAAGGUCUACACUUGGGUCGACAAGCUCGGUGCGCCCGUCAAUCGACUGUCCAACAAGGUCGGCUCUGAAGCCUUCUGGCCUACAACGCUAGACAUCGAGUCGGACAAGGCUGCGAGGAUCCUCAAAAGCUUCUGCAAGGAUGGAUUCUACCAGGAAGAAGACCGACCCAUCGCCACCGACGUCCCCAAGGGAAAACAACGAGUCCUCAAGAAGAUACCCUCCAAGGUCAUCCAGAAUGCCAAAGGCCUAUGCAUAUUCACGACCAUGCGGUCCGGCCUUUGGGUCUCCGGAUCUGGCGGAGCCGGCAUAUUGGUCGCACGCAAAGCCGAUGGAACAUGGUCACCCCCGUCAGGCAUCAUGAUGCACACCGUGGGUGUAGGCUUCCUCGUGGGCGUGGACAUUUACGACUGUGUCAUUGUCAUCAACUCCGACAAGGCCAUGGAGGCUUUCCAGUCUAUCCGCUGCACAUUGGGAGGCGAAAUCAGUGCAGUCGCAGGCCCGGCCGGCGUUGGCGGUAUACUUGAUUCGGAGAUCCACAAGCGCCAGUCACCACUUUUCACGUAUAUCAAAUCGCGAGGAUUCUAUGCUGGCCUCCAACUAGACGGAACUAUCAUCAUCGAGCGAACAGACGAGAACGAACGCUUUUACGGCGAACGGAUAGGAGUCAAGGACAUUUUGGCAGGCAAAGUAAGGCACCCGCCGUACGAGAUAAGGAGACUCAUGGAGACUCUCAAAUCGGCUCAAGGCGAUACGGAUGUGGACGAGACUUUGAUACCAGAUGAGGCGCCACCUGCCGACUUUGAGAUUACAGGUCCAGAAGACAAGACAUUUGGUAUUCCAGACGCUGUUGACCCCGACCCGUAUGGCGUACUGGCAUUACAAGAAGCUGGUCUAGAGAUCAGGGAAGCAGGCACACACAGCCGUCCGGCAAGUGAACAAUUCGAGUUCAAGCCGAGCCCGACAAGCCCCAUCUACAACACUUUUAGGAAUUCCACAUUCCGGAGAAGCAUGGACCGCUCGAGCUAUGCCGGCAGUCGGCCGACGAGUUGGCGCACAAGCACCAUCAGCGGCGUGCUGGAGCCCCGAACGCCAACUGUUGAUAUGAGCACCCAGACCGACGAUCUACCGCCGCCACCUCCGACCAUCAGGAAGUCCCCCCCUACGCUACCGCCAAGGACAAGCGUCGCACGCACACCUACCCCUCCCAUAGUGGAAGUACCCGAAACCAGGAUCGAGCAAGCUACUCCGCCACGAGCAAGGAGUCUAGACAGACAGACCGAAGAAGCAACACCUACAGCUGCAGGAACAAAGACAGACAAGGCUGUCGACCCCAAGUCCGACGGCUCUCCUCGGAACUCCAUAGCCACUGAAGAGGCCCAUGAUUCCGAGUCAAGUUCCGAUUCGGAAUCAGAUGAAGAGGAGGAGGAAGAUGAGUUUGAGGAAGAGCCAAUCGUCCACGAGAUUCACCAGGCCGCUGCUCCACAAGCCAUUCGCGCCCGCGUUGUCCAAGUUGCCAAGCCAAUGCCUCCUGCUCUACCGGUCAGAAAUCCAUUCCGCAACCGCGUCUCAACGAACUCAGACGGGUCCUUGAACUCUCCAACCGUACCGAAGCAUAGCCCGGAAUCGACCCCCUCGCUUAUGCGCGGUGAUUCAACUUCUUCUCUGUCUUCCGUAGAAGACAACAGACUCGAGCAGAUUGGCAACAGGCUCAAGCCAAAGUAUGCCCACGAGCCGUCACCCGAUGACGAGAAGAAGGAAGACAAGGACGAUGCCUUCCACUCGCUUCCAGAGUCCCCGAUGAAGAGCAUUCCAGGAGGUUUCAACUGAGCGACCGAAGUCUAACAUCCAAUCGUCUUCCGCAUCCCUCCACACCGCUCUUUCGCUGCACAUAUAGAGCUGGCAUGACCAUCUCAUCCUGGACUACACCCUCACAGAUUACGCUUACAAACCGGCGUUGCGACCUCAAGCGCAUGAUUACUGCGUCUUGCCACUUGCUUAUUCGGCUUGGCCAAAACGCAACCAUGCCCGGUCGAUCACCACACCCUGAUAGGAGAUUGCCUUUCACCGUCGUUACGAAUUAUGAUUCCCAUUGAUAUCCACUUUAUUGCUUUACUUGUCCUGCUCACGCAUGGCUCUCCAUAGCAUUAGCAUGUAUCUAGUGCUAUUUCGAAACUGCAAUUCAUUUGCUUGCAUAGCGAUAGUCACCAUAGACGAAUAUUAUGUAUAAUUCGAAUCAA